CCUGCUUCAGUUCACGCGUUCACUGUUUGGCAGGCCGCGCUGCCUCCCUUUCUCAAUCUCUUCUGAGUGCUGGCGCUCCUUUGGUACUUCUAUCUUUUUGCUGUGCUUCUAUCGUGAAGCUCAGUUUGGCUCUGCUAGUCUCCCACGAUGCCUCAGCCAUCGGAGCUGCUCCUUCGAUAUGCAGAGUGCACCGAUGACGACAGCUACGACUCGGCCGUCGAAGACGAAUUCUACAAUGGCGAAGAUCCUUGGGACGAGAAUCCCUACAAGGGACGCGUUUUUCACAAGUUCGCAGAGCUACCUCCUGAGCUGCGAAUCAAGAUUUGGAAGCUUGGACUUGCUGGCCUAACCCAGCCUCAGCUUCUUGAAUUCACCCUCCGGAGUUCUGUUCGAAAAGAUCCCAACGAGAUGGUGGCUGACGAGAUCGGCAUGCUGUAUCCUCGUCGUUAUCGCGAUUGGACCAUCACUGGCUCCCCCAGCCUUGUGCGCGCCACCGAGCUCAAUCGCAAUGUUAUGGCCGUCAAUCGAGAAGCCCGAGACGUUGCCCUCAAAUUGCUUCCACACUCUGUCAAGAUCAGAACACCAGCUGGCCACGGAAUAGUGCAUUUCGACCGGAAUCGAGACAUUAUCCAGCUGAGGGGAUAUAAUUACGAGGUCAUGCACCCCUUUCCUGUCGAAGAAAGGUUUCCAGACUUUGUCUACCAUUUCGAUGGCUUUGCAGAGAACGUGGUACAGCUUGCGAUUCGCCACAACGACUUUUUCGACGAAGACGAAGACACCAGCGAGUAUUUUACCCUUGCCCUCAGACAGUUCCAAAACCUCAAGCGACUAUUUCUUCUCUCAACGCAUGACAAAUUCAUUCCGAGCGACAUUUUGUGGUGUGGCUCGGACUAUAUCUACGUGCACACGAGCAUGAUUACAGAUGGUCGAAACGAGCCAUUGUGGACAAAAUGGUGUUGGCCCAAUGCCGAUGAGUAUGACGACUUUACAAGAAACCAAGUCUGCGACCCCAUCACACAGCUUUUACCGGCCGCGGCUCUGCCACUACUAAGAACCCGUGGCAUCGAGCUAUUUCCAAUGGUCGUAUUUGAGGAUAAAUAUGGCUUAGAAUUCUUGAAGAAGUUGAAGGGGAAGUGGGAACGCACCUAUAACGAAGGCAACUUGCCAUCCGAGUCAGAAUCCUCCUCCGACGAAGAGGAAGAGGAGUCGGAACCCAACGAGUACGAAAGCGAAGGAAUCGACGAUUCCGAGAUUGAAGAGGACGGCGAAGAUGGGAGUAAUUCUGAAAACGACAGUUUCUUCGAUGACGACUCUGAUAAUGAUGAUCUCAGUGGUGCCGGCGUAGGGGAAAUUGUGCCAGUAUUUUCCGACCCCGAGCCAGAGCCAGAGCCAGAAGUAGCUGGCGGUGCGAGACACUCUAGGAAGCGACGCAUCGUAACUGACUCAGAUGAUGAAGAUGACGACAUAUCUGAGAGGUCGGGGAGAAAGCAUGCUCGUACCGGCAGCUUCCCCGCACCAGAUGAAGGUUCAGAGGAUGAAGCUAUCAGCAGGCCUAGUGGUGUUGGGAGGAGCCGAAGGCGCGCAGCUGUUGUUGAUAGCGAUGACGACGAGGAAGAUGGCGGCGGUGCGCUCAGUAGCAAGCCUGACAAGUAUGAAGCUAGUAAGAAAGCUGAAGCAAAGAGAGGAAAAUCUGACAAGCGGACGGAAACCGACGAGGAUGACGACGAUGAUGAUGAUGAGGAGGAGGAGGAGGAGGAGGAGGAGGAGGAGGAGGAAAUUAUGGAUGUGAGGCGGCUAAGCCUGGCUUCCAGGCUUCAACAAAUACGGGAAAGUCAUCCAUCCUCAGGUGAAGAAUCCAACGGCGAAGAAGAGGACAGUGACAACGUUACUGAUGACGAGGAUGACGAUGACGCGGAUGACGACGAGGAUGAGGAGAUGUAUGGCGGUGGUCUUAUUGACGGUUACGCAGAUGAAUCGGAUGAUUCAGGGGGUUACUAAACACUAACGGCUCUAAUGAGGAAACGGCUUUUCAAUAAUUGGACGAUUUUGGGUUUUUCAUCUGGGACACUAAGUAUCGGGGACAUAAAGAUUUAGAUUUGAAUACCACGGCUCAUGUAGCAGCCUGCUUUGUUUUAUAUAGUUGAUACUCUAUCAUCAACGUACCUGAUGAAGACGUAUCAUAUACAAUUAUAAUGCUUGUCCUGAGGCCAAGAGGCUCACAAAUUCUCUUAUCUUUCUCUCCCUCGUUUCUGUCCUUUUUACUGUCGUGAUACGCCAUAGAAACGAAUACCUUUCUGACCGGCUCAGUCCGUCAAACACCCUCUUUGCAAUGUCAUUCUCCUUUAACGCAUUCGCAAAGUCUUCAGGAACCUCCAUGGUCGCGGGUCCAGCGUAAGCCUUCUCCCACCGUCCAUCCUCCUUUGCAGCAUCCACCUCUGCAAUCCCCGCG